AUGGCUGAGUGCGUAGUACUCAAUAUAGGCGAGGAGGUUACAGGUAUGGAGGGUGGAAUGGUGUUGGAGGGGGGAGUGGUGAGGUGUGGUUCUUGUGGAAUGGAGAGACAAUGUAAGGUAAGUGGAUGUAAAUUGUGUGAAGUGUUAGCUAGAAAUGUAGCCUUAGAGGAAGAGGUUAAGGAGGUGAAAGUAUUGUUGGCACAGACGAGACAACAGUUAUUAGAGCUAAGGCAGGAAGCUAGCGUCAGGUCACGAGAUUCAGGUCAGGUCAGGUCAGGUGACUCAGGUCAGAGACAAGGGGGGAAUAGUUGGAGGAUUGUGGGUAGGGGAGGGAAGGGGAGCGUGAACCCUCCCUUGUGUGAGGUGGAAUUUCCUCCCCUGGGUCAGGUAGGGUGUAGCAACAAGUUUGGCUUGUUAGCUACACAGGAAGAGGAAGAGGUGGUGAUAGAAGUAGGAGCAGGUGAAGGGGAUAGGACACCCAAGGCGAAGAUAGUGAAGAGGAAGCUAGAUGGGAAGGAGAGGAAGGAGGAUGGGAAGGCGAGGAAGGACAGGGAAGGGUUAGAAGUGUCUCAGGAAGUGUUAGUUCUGGGUGACUCCAGGAUUAGGUAUUUAGACGAGACCUUCUGUGAGGCCGACAGGGCAAGGAGGAUGACGUGUUGUCUUCCUGGGGCCGGAGUACAGGACGUGGUAGAGAGAUACAAGAAGGUUGUGGAGGGGACAGGGAAAGAGGCGUUAGUGGUGGUUCACGUGGGCGUGAACGAUGUAGGCAGGGUAAGGUCAGAGGAGCUAGUGGAUAGGUAUAGGGAGCUUCUGAGGGAGAUAAGGGAGAGUGGUAGGAGGUGUAUAGUCUCAGGGGUGCUCCCUUUACAGGGGGUUAGAGGCUGA